CUUUGACAAAUCAAAAUCCAAUAUGGACAGAUUGGAGCAAUAAUGGAUUUCUAAAUUUCAAGCCAAAUAAAAUGUUUUGUACUAACAUGACCAAAUUCCCAAUAAAUCAAAAUUACAUAGCGAAAUAUGAGAUACCAAGUAUGUUGCUUUGUUAGGCAGUUCAGCAAAAGUCUUGAAACCGUUGCAUUGUGUAAACAGCAUCAAAAACUAAACACUCUAUGUUCAACACUUUCCCGAAGAAACUAUUCUGAUAUACCUCUACCAUCUUCAGCAACUCUGUUACAAAAUGAUAAGCAAGCAACAGUUGUGUUACUGGGCACAGUGCAUUUCAGCAAGCAGUCAGUGGAAGAUGUUUCCCAGAUAGUACGAGUUUUAAACCCAAAUGCAAUUCUUGUGGAGUUAUGUCGACAAAGAGUGUCGUUAUUAGAAUUGGACGAUAAGAAAUUUUUGGAAGAUGCCAAAAAUUUUGAUGCCCGCAAAAUGAAGGAAGCAGUUAAAGGACAAAACUUUGUAUCCGGUAUGUUACACGCUAUGCUACUCAAGACCUACGCCGAUAUUGCGAAAGAGCUAGGCGUCGCACCGGGUGGAGAAUUUCGAAGAGCUUAUCACGAGAUGAAAAAAAUACCAGGAUGCAAGUUGUUCUUGGGCGAUCGACCAAUUCAAAUAACUAUAGCAAGAGCAUUUCAAUCCUUGAGUGUAUAUGAGCUAGGCCAAGUCUUGUACCAUCUGACUACAGCAAAUCCGAAGCCUUUAGACAAACAGCAAUUGGAGAGAUACAAAGACAAAGAUUUCGUGCAAGCACAGUUUGAAGAGAUCACAAGAGAUGUCCCGGCUUUCAAAAAAAUAUUCCACGUGUUCGUUGACGAACGUGAUAAAUGUCUAGCGUAUUCUAUUCAGGAGUGUGUUCGUACUGUACCUGAAGGUCCCCGGGUACUGGCCGUUGUGGGAAUGGGUCAUGUAGAUGGUAUAAUGAAAUACUACGGUAAAAUGAAACAAGAAGACAUUGUACCACUGUUAUUUGGCUAAAUUUUUUUAAUGAUCAUCAAACUGAUCACAAACUCUUCUAAUAAAAUAUUUGAAAGUUCCCAAAGCCUACCACCACGGCCGUUUUACACUGUGCUAAUCCGGAAGGGAUUAAAAUUCACUUUUUAUUUUUUACUAUUCUCUUUCUUUUAUAGAAUUAUAUUUGGUUAAAUAAAAAUUUUCAUUUACCGAA